AUGCCAGGCUAUUUUGCCCCUCUUCUCGUCCUCACCACGUCAAGUCCCAUUUGUUCCCCGCCCACCUGGUCAUGGGCCGAAUUCCUGAUUUCGAGCACUUGUUCUGCUGGGUGGCAUCACGAGAGGAUCCAGACCAUCGAGGGUCUGGACCGGCGUACAUUUCUUGGUUGGGUGCCUCUUAUUACUAUCCGUGGUGGAUGGUGUCCUUCCACUUCCCCCUCCCCCUCACUCCAGUUCUCCAGUGCAAGUCAACCAAUCUCCCCACGAGUUCGGCACUUGGGACUGUGUCAUACUUGA